AUGGGUUUGAAGAAACAGAUGAGAAGUGAAAUGGUACAACCUGCAGAUGGCAAAAAUGCUUACAUUAGUUACAACUGGCAAGACUGCAAGAAAGUGCUAAAGGAACCAACAACGGGCCAGAAAAGCUCUUUAAGCUGGAGGCGAUGCCGGCACGAAAGCAGCCCCGCACAACCCGCCAGUGCAGACGUCCAGCCGGAGCACGAGGCACAUCCCCCUCAGAACACAGACAGCCAGGCACCAGCCCCAACUUCCGGUUCCUGUCCCCCACUUCCGUCCCGUAAAACUCGGGGCAGAAGCAUUUCCGCCCUCACUACUGCGAAUGUCCUCUUUAGGAAUCGGAAGUUGUCUACUUCUGAGAGCACCACCCCCUUACCGCAAGUACGUCACCAGCGCAAUACCCAGGGUGCUCGGAGAGACUUUUCUUUCAUUGGCUCUCCAGGGCUGUUGCUCGGGGUGACGUGCCGCCCGGCAGUGAUUGUACCAGAAUAUCAAGGAGAACCAGAUGAAAUUUCCAUUCAGAAAUGCAGGGAAGCUGCAAAACAGAUCCAGGGACCUGUUAUAGUAGAAGAUACUUGCUUGUGUUUCAAUGCCUUGGGGGGACUCCCAGGACCAUACAUAAAAUGGUUUCUAGAAAAGUUAAAACCAGAAGGACUGUACAAGCUGUUGGCGGGGUUUGAGGACAAGUCUGCCUAUGCUGUUUGCACCUUUGCGUUCAGCUCUGGAAACCUGGAGGACCCAGUGAAGCUGUUCAAAGGCAAAACUUGUGGUCACAUAGUUGAACCUAGAGGCCCCAGAGACUUUGGCUGGGAUCCAUGCUUCCAACCUGAUGGUUAUGAAAAGACGUAUGCAGAAUUGCCUAAAGCAGUGAAGAAUUCCAUCUCUCAUCGCUAUAGAGCACUAAAUGAACUCUCCAGUUACUUCAUCCAGCAGAGUAACUCAACAGAUGCCACCUCCAGUCCCAGUUAGUUUUUUCUUUGAAGCCCAUACUUCAUACAGAAAGCUCUGUGUAAAAUAUAAUGUCCAUUUGUGGUUGUUUGUACAGUGUGUACAUUAAAGCUGCUCAUUUUAAAGCCAUGGAUAGGUUGUGUUCUUCCAUUUCUUUUUUUCUGAAAAAGCACCUGCAAAAGCCAAGAGAUCUAUAUUGUUUUUUAAUUGCUGAAGUGCUCACAUAAAAAUGUUUAUAUCAUUAAAAUCUCA